AUGUCGACUUGUAUUAUAAACAGCUCUCUGCCAGCCUAUCAGGUAAAAUUUUGGAAAAUUUUGAAAAUUCACAAAUUUUGGCUUCUGGAAAUUAGUUGUAAGUUCAGAUUUUUUCGAAUUUUCAGCUUCAUAAAAACCAUGUUUUCAUUUCCUUAGGAUAUUUUAAGGCGAAUAAACUAUAGGAUUACUGUAGACACCUUAAAAAUCCCUCCAGGAGAUUUUCAAAAUACUGUAUGAUCCUUUAAAAACCUUGUUGAAACCCUGGAAGUACUGUAUGUCCCUUUAAAGGUUUCUCACAAGCUUCCAAUGUACCUUUAUAGGCGCCUAAACCAUAGGAUUACUGUAGGCUCCUUUAAAAACCUUUAUGUCCCUUUAAAAGUUUCUCACAAGCUUUCAAGUUAGGAUUACUGUAGACACUUUAAAAAUCCCUCCAGGACCUUUUUUCAACGAAUAAAAAAUUUUCAAAUUCUCAAAAUACUGUAUGUCCCUUUAAGAACCUUGUUGAAGUUUUCGAAGUACUGUAUGUCCCUUUAAAGGUUUCUCACAGCCUUUCAAAGUCCCCAGCUCCCUUUAAACCUUAGAAUUACUGUAGGCACUUUUAAAAUCCCUUCAGGACCCGGUUGAAAUUCUCCGAAUACUGUAUGUCCCUUUAAAAAUUCCCCAAAGGCUUCUAGAUUACGGUAAAAGUGCCCAGGUCCCUUUAAAGAUCACAGGAUUACUGUAAGAUCCUUCAAGAAUUUUUGAAAUACUGUAUGAUCCUUUUAAGGGAACCUUGUUCAAGUACUGUAUGUCCCUUUAAAAGUUCCUCACAACCUUUCAAAGCCCCCAGCUCCCUUUAAACCUUAGAAUUACUGUAGGCACCUUUAAAAUCCCUUCAGGACCCGGUUGAAAUUCUCCGAAUACUGUAUGUCCCUUUAAAAAUUCCCCAAAGGCUUCUAGAUUACGGUAAAAGUGCCCAGGUCCCUUUAAAGAUCACAGGAUUACUGUAAGAUCCUUCAAGAAUUUUUGAAAUACUGUAUGAUCCUUUUAAGGGAACCUUGUUCAAGUACUGUAUGUCCCUUUAAAAGUUCCUCACAACCUUUCAAAGCCCCCAGCUCCCUUCAAACCUCAAAAUUACUGUAGUCACCUUCAAAAUCCCUCCAGGACCCUGUUGAAAUUUUCCGAAUACUGUAUGUCCCUUUAAAAGCCCCCAGACUCAAAAAUCUUGCAGCCCAACAUCUACCUCUGCUCAUCCGGCUCAACUUGCUGUAAAAGUCGCGGAAUCAUUGCGUGCUGUCAAAAUGACGUGACUUUCAAACAAACGUAAGUCCCCCUGUGGAAAAUUGUGGAAAAUUAUUACUCCUAAUAUUAAAAACAUACACAAUUUUGAAAGUGUGUGCCCAUAUUGCAGCUACUAAUCCACUUAUGUGUCUCAGAUUGCAAUUAGAUUCGAGAAGAGACCAGAACCUCGUAUUUCCUGACCACAUCUGUGUCAUCCUUUUUGUCUCCCUGUGAGCCAAUAUUGGGCUCAUUUUGGUAGUUAGAUUAGGUGAUUGGCAACAAUUUGAAAAAGGGGAACACAAAACAAAUUUGGAAACCCUAAUUGCGGUUUGUUUGCAGUUUGGAGCAAAGUGUGCCGUUUUUCAUCAUUUGGUUGGUGAUUUUUGGCGCGGCGCUGAUUGUCAAAUUGUUUUUCGAUGAUGAUGAAACCGAUCGACCUGUUAAUCAGACCAAUCAGAUCUUUGGAUUGGAGUAUGUGGCUCAUAGAACUUGACACGCUGAUCAAAAUGCUCUAAAAAUUAGCUGCUGAGCUUCAAGGGGAGCUGAGAAAAUGAGCUCUGAAAAAUCAGUUUUUGAAAAUGUGGCGCAGGCGGUUAGCGUCUACACCUUCCGUUCGAGGGUGGUGGGUUCGAGUCCGCAUUGCAACUAUUUUUUUUUUGAAUUUUUUUUUGAGUUUUCCACGUGGAUUGUUCGCAGCCAAAAUUUCUUGAAUUUUUGAAUUUUCACGUGGAUUUUUUUUUUCAAAAACAUUGAAAAUAUUUUUUUUUUCAAAUAUUUUUUUGAAUUUUCAAACAAAAAAAAAUUAAAAAUAAUUUUUUUUUCAAAUAUUUUUAAACAAAAUAAAAUUGAAAAUAUUUUUUUUCAAAAAAAAAAAUUGAAAAUAACUUUUUUUAAUAUUUUUUAAGCAAAAAAAUUGAAAAUAAUUUUUUUUUUCAAAUAUUUUUUUCAAAAAAAAAUUGAAAAUAAUUUUUUUGAAAAAAAAUUGAAAAUAAUUUUUAAAAAAUAUUUUUUAAUUUUUCAAACAAAAAAAAAUUUAAAAUAAUUUUUUUCAAAUAUUUUUUGAGAAAAAAACAUUGAAAAUAAUUUUUUUCAAAUAUUUUUUUAAUUUUUCAAGAAAAAACAUUGAAAAUAAUUUUUUUGCAAAAUUUUUUUGAACAAAAAAAAUCAUUAGCCUCGAGGCGGACUCGAACCCUCGACCCUCAACCCUCAAAAUGAAGCUAUAAACCCUAACCGCCUGCUCCACAUUUUUCUUCUUGUUUCGAGGGUCUCGGGUUCGAGUCCGCAUCGCGCCUAUUUUUUUUCAAAUAUUUUUUCAACAAAAAAAUCAAGAAAAAAAAUUAGCCCCCAGGCGGACUCGAACCCUCGACCCUCAAAUUAAAGAUGUGAGCGCUAACCGCCUGCUCCAAAUUGUGUUUUGCUCAGCGCGUAGAGUUCUAUGCCCCCAGAAGCUUCCGCAAUUUUUCCAGAUACAUCAUGCCAAAUGACGAAGAUCAUACUGUAGAAGAUCCAGUGUUUGGACAACUUUUCGAAUCGAAGAUUCCAAAAUUUGCGACAAGAUCGAAACCGGAAUAA